AUGAUUCAUACUUUCGGAUCUCAAGUACCUACCAAACAGAACUGUGCGCGAGUAGAAGUAAAAAUAAAAAACAUUUUCGAUAACGAGGAAUUAAUUAUUCAGGUUUUAGAGACUGAUGAAAUAUCGAAUGCUGAGCUAGACUAUCCUCCGCAAAAUAUUAAGGAGUUGUUCAAAGAUAGGGGACUAAUUUUGGCGGAUGUUAAUCACGAAUCUUUAAAUAACAACAACGUAUCUUUACUCAUUGGAGCUGAUAAUUAUUGGAAAUUAGUAAAAGACAAAAUUGAACGUUUGAACUCAUCAUUAGUUACAAUGGAAACCAAAAUGGGUUGGAUUUUAAUGGGAAAACUAUUUGAUCGUAUUGAAGAUGGGGAAAAUGUAACUAAUGCCGUCGCAGUGACUUCUUUAUUAAUUCACACAUCGAAGAUUGAAAAUUUGUGGAAAUUAGAUUUAUUGGGAAUUCAAGACCCUGUUGAAACAAAAUGUAGAAAGGAAAUGGAAAUUGCCGCAUUGAAUCAUUUUAACGAAACUGUUACCUUUAAAGAGGGAAGAUAUGAGGUUCAGUUGCCUUGGGUAACAGAAAAGGACUGUUUAAGUCAAAAUUUGGAUAUUGCUAGACAACGUUUAAACAGUACGACACACCGGUUGAUACAAAAGGGCAAAUUCGAGGAUGGUUUAAUCCUAGUAUCCGGUGCACACGGGAUUUGA